AACAUAUCUCUUCACAACAACAAAAAGAAAAAGAAAGAGAAGAAAAAACCUGAAGCAGAGAAAAGCCAUCAAAACCUUGCACCACAAGUUGUGAGAAGCAGAGGAAGAGGCUCUACAUAUCUGUAGCUAGAGGAACUAGUUGUUUCUUCUGGUUUUCAAUGGCUACAUCGGUUUGUGCAACUGGGUUUAAAGGGGGUUUGUGUACUUCUUCCUUCCAUGGAAGCUGGGGAACUUCCAUGGCGGGUGAAGACUAUGCGGCGCUAGCCAGGUCGGUCCGGACCAAUGUUCCAGUGGGAAAGCCGGUGAGACUCAGGCCCAUGAUGAAGAAUGUAAACGAAGGAAAGGGUCUUUUUGCUCCAAUUGUUGUCGUCACGCGUAAUAUAAUUGGAAAGAAGACCUUCAAUCAGCUUAGGGGCAAAGCAAUUGCUCUACACUCACAGGUGAUCACGGAAUUCUGCAAAUCCAUAGGGGCGGACGCGAAGCAGAGACAAGGAUUGAUUCGACUGGCAAAGAAGAACGGAGAGAGACUUGGCUUCCUUGCAUGAUGGAAUAUAAAAUGUUUGAGAAAUGUUUAAUUUCUUUUAUGGAUUUCCAGAUGUAAAUACUUUCUUCGUCUGGGCUUCCCUGAGCAUGCUAUAUGUAUUCAGUUUAGCUCUAGUAUUUCAUUUUUCAAUUACUGGGAUAAAGGUCAUGAAGGUAUCAGGAAUGUGCUUUAUAAAAAAUAAGAAAAUUCUGUCUAA